GCCCGUGGAAAUCGAGCGCACUGCCUACGUGGACUUUGUGGAGAAAGAGAAGGAACCCACCGCAGAAAAAACCAACAACGGAAUUCAUUAUAAACUGCAGCUGCUCUACAGCAACGGUGUGCGGACGGAGCAGGACCUCUACAUUCGACUCAUUGAUUCCAUGACCAAACAGGCGAUCGUCUAUGAAGGUCAGGACAAGAAUCCGGAGAUGUGCCGUGUUCUGCUGACCCACGAGAUCAUGUGCAGUCGCUGCUGCGAUAAGAAGAGCUGCGGAAACAGAAACGAGACGCCCUCGGACCCGGUCGUCAUCGACAGGUUCUUCCUCAAGUUCUUCCUCAAGUGCAACCAGAAUUGUCUGAAAAAUGCCGGAAACCCGAGAGACAUGCGGAGGUUUCAGGUGGUGGUGUCCACGACGCUCACCGUGGACGGGCAUGUCCUCGCCGUCUCAGACAACAUGUUUGUGCACAACAACUCCAAACACGGCCGCCGAGCUCGGAGACUGGACCCGUCUGAAGCAGCGUGCCCGUGCAUCAAGGCCGUCAGUCCCAGCGAGGGGUGGACGACGGGCGGCGCCACCGUCAUCCUCAUCGGAGAAAACUUCUUCGACGGCCUUCAGGUGGUCUUCGGGAGCAUGCUGGUGUGGAGCGAGCUCAUCACGCCGCACGCCAUCCGUGUGCAAACUCCCCCCCGACACAUCCCCGGAGUGGUGGAGGUCACCUUGUCGUACAAGUCCAAGCACUUCUGCAAAGGGGCUCCCGGACGCUUCAUCUACACGGCCUUGAACGAGCCCACCAUCGACUACGGCUUCCAGAGGUUACAGAAGGUCAUUCCUCGUCACCCCGGAGACCCGGAGAGGCUGCCCAAGGAAGUGUUACUAAAGCGAGCCGCUGACAUGGUGGAAGCUUUGUAUGGGAUGCCUCAUAGCAACCAGGAGAUGAUCCUGAAGCGAGCGACGGACAUCGCCGAGGCCCUCUACAGCGUGCCGCGGAACCACGGGCAGAUCCCGUCGCUGUCAAACGCGACUUCCCACGGCAUGAUGGGAGUCAACUCCUUCGGUGGCCAGCUGGCGGUCAAUGUCAACGACAGCACUCAAGGCGGAUACGCUCGCAACGGCAACAGCCAGCAGUCGCCCAGAGGAUACGCCCCCACUUCCACCCCCCAGCAGACUAACUAUGGCAACACCGUCAGCAACAGCCUCAACGCCUACGCGAACUCGAGCAUGCCCAACCUCGGGGCGGCCUCUUCGCCCAACUUCCUCAACGGGUCCUCCGCCAACUCCCCCUACGGCAUUGUGGCGACCAGUCCCACCAUGGCGGUGUCGAACUGUAGCUCCGCCCACGGCGUGUUCGCCUUCUCUGCCAGCAUAAAAGCCAAGAGCGCCUUCGCUCCUGUGGUUAGGCCCGCCUCCUCGCCAACGCCGACCAACAACUGCGGAGUCAACGCCGGACUGCAAGCCAUGUCGGGCCUGGUGGCGCCGCCCAUGUAGAAGACGAACGGCGAGCGAGGAAGCGUCCGGGUGAGGAGGCGAGCCGGCGGCAAUGCACAAUGGCCGACCCCGACGGAGCAGCUGUGCGUUUGUCCGCGCGGAGCCUCUGUGCAGAACGCGUGAUGUCAUGAUGGCACAGGAAUGCACGGCAACGUUUUCAACAACCUUUUCUGAUGAAGUCCCCACCUCUUGCACCUGCUGUGUCAUGUGUCACUGUAAUGUUUCCUUAAUGUGCUUCAUCAACAAGUCAUUUUCAUCAGCCGUAGAGUGUGUGCGCGUGCAUGCGCGCGUAGUCUUCUAUCCGGAACAAAAAGAAACAUGUCAAAGUUUUGUGGUUUUAAUUGUGGAGUUGUGACUUGAUGUUAUUUAUUCCUCAUGCAGAAUAAAACAAAAUUUUAAUUUACA